UUCUCGAGAGCAGACGGUAUGGAGAUUCCGCAUCUCCGCGUCGAAGAGCGUGCUAGAUUGGUCUUUACUCAUUUAAACUCGUAUUUCACGCCAAAAACGUGUUUCCUUUCCGUACCUAGAUUCAUUUAAUGUAAGGAAACUGUGUUAUACGUUGUUUGAAAGUCAUGACCGGUUAAACUCGGAAAUUUCGGAAGAAAUUUCCCGCCAAAUGGAACGCCAUUUUGUUUCCGUGCAUCGUACACAAGCGACAUUGAUGUGGACGCUGAUCAAUUCAUGAAGUCAAGUAGUGCAGAAUUUUGAUGACCACUAGUGAUAGAUAAGAGCGGGAAUAGCUGUUUUGACGUCGAUUUGUGAUAAACUGUGUCCUUAAGUCCUGUUUUAGUGACAUAUCCUGCAUCUGGGAAGACCUUUCGUACAGCGGCCAUAUUGGAUUAGGAGAUUCAGCACGCUGCGCCAUGUCCGCGACAGGCGAAGCAGAAACCGCGUCUGAAAAGCCGAGUGGCGAAAACUUCAAUGAUGAAAUGAAGGAUUAUGCAAAAAGCACUAUGAAUGAGUUAUUGGGAAUGUUUGGUUAUGAGGAAGCAAUCACGCGAGAAGCUGUUGAAGAAUUGCAGAUUCGACUACUUCCAGAAGAAGACGAUGAAAACAUCCAACCCACCAGUGAAACACUUGAUAAGCCAAUGGAGACAGACAAAGAUGAACCUGUUGCUGUCAGCCUCAAUGCUGGGGAAGCUCCAGUCGUGGUGCCAAUUGCAGGUGAAGAAAAUGAUGCUAAUCCAAGUGUGUUAUCAGUGCCAGUUUCAAACAAUGGUGUUAUUCCAGUAUCCACCACUGCACAGCCCUUAUCAGUGGUCUCUGCUAGUCCAAGUGGUACCAGUUCUGGGGUUAAACCCGGGACUGCUUUGGAUGGAAGCAUAACAAAUGAAGUGCAUGGAGAAGUGGAAGAUGAUAGUAAGUUAGGCCAGUCUGUAGCCGGUGUGUGUGUCACAUACACAUCUCCGCCCAGUAAAACCCCCGUGCAGAAGGUAGGCCUAUGCAAAUGGUGCAAGAAGUCCGGAGUGUUACAGAACUUUUCUUCCAGUGAUGGGGAAAAGGAAAUCUCUUGCAAGGGGCUUUGCUCUGCCUUGUGCUUUGAACAGGCCAUCAAAAACAUCAGGGAAAGCCAACUUCACAUUCAUGAGACACAGCAGGUGCUUCAAUCUCGACCAUUACCACCCAAACCAGCGGUUUCCAAGAAGCCAGUACCAUCUGCUCCAAUAACACGUUCAUCAACAAGAGGAAGUACAGCAUCAGGCAAAGCUAAGGAUGAUACAGUCACACCCUCAAAGAUCCCACCAGUGCUAGUUCCUCGAGGUCUUUUUUCUUGGGAAGAGUACUUGGUAAAAACGAAUUCAGUAGCAGCUCCCUGGACUUACUUCAGACAGUCCUCAACCCCUCCGUACAAUGGCUUUCAAAGCAACAUGAAAUUAGAGGUAGCUGAUCCGAGGAUAGUGGACACCAUGUGUGUGGCGACCGUGGUCGGCAUACUGGGACCAAGGAUAAGGUGUCGGUUUGAUGGUACGGACAGUGCUAAUGACGUCUGGCAUUUGGUGGACUCCAAAGAAAUCCACCCUGUGGGGUGGUGUGAGGGGAAUGGAGGGCGAUUGCAACCUCCUGUAGGUUUUAAACUCGAUCCUGGAAAAUACUCUACUUUUCUAGCAAAGACUCUUACAAGUGCAGAACUGGCUCCUGUGCGGUUGUUUAAAAGGGAGCCAACAGCACCAAAGGAAAACAUGUUCAAGGUUGGCAUGAAGUUAGAAGCGUUGGAUCCUAAAAACCCGCUUCUGAUUUGCGUAGCCACAGUGGCGGAUAAAGAUGGCGACAAAAUUCGAGUUGAUUUCGAUGGAUACCUUGGUUCAGACUAUUGGUGCCGAUACGAUUCCAGAGAUAUCUUCCCUGUCGGGUGGUGUCAUUACAGUGGGCAUCCUUUGCAACCACCAGGUAACACCAAAAAAGCGUUAAAACAACUGAGUGGCAAAGUAAAAGAAAAAGCGGACAAACUUGAAAAACCUGUCAAACCGCCAAAACCUGCGAGACCGGAAAAACUCGAGAAACAAGACAAAAAGAAGACUCCGCUCAUCCCGCCUACACAACCUGUGGUAACCAAUCCUGUCCCCACCCCCGUGGUAACAACACCGUCAUCCUCUCGCAGGUCGGAUUCGCCGUGCUCAUCCGGGACAGAUCCCGACGAUUCUGUAACCAAUCACACUGUGCAGGUGUUUAUCAACCAUGCAUGCGAGGCAGGCCCUCACCUGAGCUCGGCUAAGGUGGCGGGACUGCCCACCUGUUUCCGCGGCACCGUCCUAAACGUGGCUAGAGACUGCAUACAGUCGGUGGUGAAUGCAGCCGUGGAUCCGGAAGUCGUGUUCGGGUUCUUGAAGCCCGGCAAUGGCAAGACGAGGAUCUCGGCCAAGAGUGGCAAAAGAACCUUAUCCUGCACCUUGCAGAACAUCGACCGCGUGGCUAUCUUCUGGCGCGUGCUGGAGAAGUUUUCUGAUAAUCUCCAAUGUUGCGAGAAUCUUUUCUGUGGAGAGCGUAUCACCGGACCGUGUUCCAAGUGCGGCAAAAGUGCGUCAAGGCGGAAUACCGUUCUACCAGAAACAACCACGGUAGCUGCAAAGAAAAGUACGGCAGGCUCGCUGAAGAGAGGUCCAUACAGAGCACAUGAUGAACAACAACAUGUUGCCAAGCACCCGAGGAUAACAAUCGACGAUGAUGAUGCGAGUCAGUCUCCACAAGUUUGUUCGACCUCACCUCCCAAAACAUGGUCCGUGGUUGAAGUUGUAAAAUUCAUAGAGAAAUCUGAACUUGCUGAGCACGCUGACAUGUUUAGAAAACACGAAAUAGACGGCAAAGCCCUACUUCUUUUAACACGAGAAAUGAUUAUGUCUUACAUGGGCCUCAAACUUGGACCUGCCAUAAAGCUUUUGUGCUUCGUAGAAGAAUUAAAAACCAAGAAAUCUUCAUAGGAUCUCGACCAUCUCUUCGAGCUUUAACGGUGGAUUAUCUUGCGUUGCCGUUAGUUCCGAAGAGUGCACGAGUUUCUCCGAACAUCGCCGAAAAUGUACGACUAGCCAGACUGAAGUAAUAAUUUGUGAAAUUCCUUAACUUCACUACAUUCACUAGCACGUGACAUUUACAGUAGACAAGUAUGCUUAAUACGGAAAGACAAAUCGGGAGUUUCUUGAAAGUUGCUUCUGGCAUGGUGUAUAGAUUAUUUCGGUUAUUUAAACUUUUUAAAUUGUAUACGUGGGCUUUAGAUACAUAUUGUCAUUCGAUUCAGUAAAUCCAUUUCCGUUCUAUUAACUUCCUUGUAAGGAAUAUGAAACGCGCGCACCCCUCCACAUGGUUAUAGAAAGCACGCGGAAGAUGAACGAUGUGGAUUGAAUGUGUUAGUGAACAUGACAUCAAACAAUA